GAAACAUUGAUAUUCCUACGACUGUAUCGUCAUACAUCUUUUACUACUAUUUGCUUUUCUCUUCUAAUUACAAUUAGUUAUCUAUCACUUAAGAAAAGAUUGGGAACACCAUGUCUUUAAACAAGAGGAUAUCCUACGAGGAAGAAAAGAGAAAAAAUCCCGAACUAAAGGAUUCUGAUAUACAAUUGCUGAAGGAUUGGUGCGCGAAACAGCCGCAUCUACCGAAGAUCAUGGACAGCGAGUACGCGUUGUUCCUGCACAGCAAUUAUUAUCUUAUGGAACCUACCAAGUGCACCAUCGAGCAAUAUUACACAGCCAGAACUCAUUUGCCUGAAUUCUUCUCCGACAGAGAUCCGCUCGGAACGAUGCAAUUACGAGAGGCGUUCAAAGUCACUGCGCAUAUAACACUGGAGAUGCGGACGAAGGAAGGAUACAAGAUUGUCUAUUCAAGAUUAAUAGAUUAUGAGCCAUCGCACUUCGUUUACAAUGAUACUAUGAAAUACUUCGCCAUGGUGACGGAUUUGUGGCUGUAUAAGGAGGGCACCGCCAAAGGCCACAUUAUUAUCAUUGACAUGGAUAAGGUCUCUUUCGCCCAUGCCGGCCGUCUUAGCCCCUUGGGAAUCAAGAAGUUCCUGUAUUACUUGCAGGAAUCCAUACCAAUCAGACUCAAGGCUCUUCAUUUUAUCAAUACCAACGCGGUGAUGGAUAUCAUUCUAGCGAUGAUGAAGCCAUUUAUGAAGAAGGAAUUGAUGGACGUGUUGCAUAUUCAUACCACGAACGAUACGCUGGCAAAGUUCAUACCGGUGGAAGCGCUUCCGUGCGAUUGCGGAGGGAAGAGCAGACCAUUGAAGGAACAGCAGGAGGAGCAACUAAAAGAUAUCGAGAAUCAUCGUGAAUGGUUUCUGAAGGAUGAGGCCUUGAAUCGUGUGAAUGAGGCCCUGAGAGUUGGGAACAGUAAAUCGGCAACGGAUCUCUUCGGGGUCGAAGGAAGUUUCAAGAAACUCGAAAUAGAUUGAUUUACACCAACCUCUUCAAACAAAAUCCUAAGUAGAAGAAAAAGUCACAAUAACGUCAAAAUAACAGUAAAACAGCUUUCAAAGAUAAUUUUUAUCGUGAUUUAUUUGUGAGGAAUAGUUGCGUUCCGAUAUUUUACUACUAGUAUUAAAAAUUUACUGUACACGUUUCACAAUUUACAGUACAAUACACUUUUCAAAAUUUUACGUUAAUAU